AACGAGUCUGCGUCAGCAGCGCGACCAAACUGAUGUUAAACAAACCUGUAAACACGGAUGUGUUGAUAAUUUAAGCAUCAUGGAAGUGGAAAAACCAAAGGUAGAUUGUGCUUCAACCCAGCCAACACAUGAACCUCCCUCUCAGUCAAAGAGACCAGGUCAGGCUCUGUAUGUACCCAAAACUCGACUUCAGGGUCCCAAAGACAAAACCCAGAAUCAGGGAGAAGUUAAACCAAGACCCAAACCUCGUUACACCGACAAGGCAAGAAAAAAUGCCAAAAACAGGAAGGAUAAAGCAAGUAAGACAACGUCUGCUGGGGAAGGAAGUGCACAGAGUCAUGAUGCCCAGCCUGAUGGGAAGGAUGGGGUUAAUGGUCAGUCUGACUUAAACAAAGAGGAACCAGAAGCUACACAGCCUGAAGCUAUAUGCACUCAGGUUGAAGAGGAGAGUUGGGACACUUUGUUUAAUGAUGACGGAGACUGUUUGGAUCCACAUCUGCUGGAGGAGCUGGCUGUGAGGGAGGGUAGAAAGAAGGAGUCGAAACAGGAACCCAGGUUUGACUAUUAUAACAUGGACCAGGGUGAAGAGGAGGAGGAGAUCGACCUCAGAGAGGAUGAACUUUCUCAUAUUGUAGAAAUCUACGACUUCCCCUCAGAGUUCAAAACAGAAGACCUCCUCAAGUUGUUUCAGUGCUACCAGCAGAGAAGCUUUGACAUCAAGUGGCUUGAUGACAAACACGCGCUGGGUCUCUUCUCAAGCCCAAUAGCAGCCCGUGAAGCUUUGAGAACCAAACAUCCACUGAUGAAGUUAAGACCACUCUCUAAAUCCUCCAGUGCCACAAAGGCCAAAGCUCGGAGCUGCUCAGACUAUCUGUUACCUGCUAAAGAGAGACCACAGACGAGUGCAGCACUGGCUCGGAAGCUGGUGAUUGGUGCACUUGGUGUGAAGAGCAGCUUGACGAAGGAGCAGCGUGAAGCAGAGAGGAAAAAACUGCAAGAGGCAAAAGAACAAAAGCGACUGGCAGCCAAACAAAGAGAAGAUGCUUGGGAGGGAAAAUAAACGGACACAUUUUUUUAAAAAGUGAACUCAAUGUGGCAGAGCUACAAGACGUUUUGUGUGUUUUUUUUCCCUACAAUUUUAUUUUCUCAAAACAAAACAGCYGUUUUAUUUUUGCUUAAAUGGAUCCCCUCCAUUGUUCAUUUAACAGUUUUUGUUAUUGAUCAUCACAUUUUCUCAGUUAUCAGUCCCCACCUCACUGUCAAAGCUCUUAUCAGGAUGUUGACAACUUUGUAGUCAUGAUUCUUUAUUGAAGCACUGAGGUUUGUUUUUUUCUGUAAUUGUUAUUUUUUACACUGAUCCAAAGCAUUAUGUUUGGGUUUAUUUGCAUUUAUUUUUAAUUUAUCCAAACUGAACCAUUAUUAAAUAUAUUUAUGUUACCUGUCUGAUGAUAUUAUUAUCAUCUAAAUCUGUUUGAGUGGUCAAGCUAAAAGUUGUCACUUUAAAUGAUCACUUAAAGUUUUGUGGUAUUUUCCUGUGUUAUCGAACGUUUCUUGACUUAAACCAACUUCAAACUGAUUGUUACCAUCAAACCUUGAAUCAACACUCGUGCAGUUUUUUGUUGUUAUUCUUCUGUAUGAAAACUGGUCUAAUCUGUUAAAGUUUAUAAUUCUACGUAUGAGAUUUAGUCAUACAUUCUGAGAAACAAAAACCAGUUAACAUGUAAAUAUUGUACCCUCAGAUGCAGUAGACCAGCUUUCCAUUUAAACUCUUAUCAGAUGAAAGCUUUAAAUGUUAAAUUGCUUUCCCCCCCCCCUUUUUUUUUUUUUACCAACACAGCUAAAAGCACUAUGUAGCUUCAUUUAUUAAGAGGAUUAUGAGAAGAAAAUAAUUGGUGUUAAAGAAGCAGCACUGUCUUGUUUUUGUUGUAAACCUAAAUGUUUUAUUUCUGUACAUUUUAGUUUAGGACCUUGAACUGUUUCAGUAAUUUAGGUUGAUAACUUAAUGGCUGAAAUAAAAGAAAAAUAUCAGCUUUCUCUCCUGGCUGAGAAAAUUAA